CCCCUCCCUUCCUGCCCCGCAGCAGGCGGAGCCCGCACCUCGGCAGGAAGUAGGGGCUGAGCCGAGGCCACGCUGAGUCGGAGGCCGAGUCCCCCGCGGCCGCCCUGUCAUUAGCGCUAGGGCCGGCGGGACUGAGAGUAACCAGACCAGAGCCCACUGGCGCAUCUGUACCUGGGAGCCCCGCGCGGACUCAUUCCAUGAUGUCCCUCUCAGUGCGGCCGCAGCGCCGCCUGCUCAGCGCCCGGGUCAGUAGGAGCCAGUCCUUCGCAGGCGUCCUCGGCAGCCACAAGCGAGGGCCCAGGAGCUUCCCAGUCUUCAGCCCACCACCACCAGGGCCCCCACGGAAGGCCCCAGGGCUCUCCCGGGUAUCCAGGAUGUUUGGUGUGGCCCAUCCAGCCCCGAAGGUGCCGCAGCCAGAGCGGCUGGACCUGGUGUACACUGCCCUUAAACGGGGCCUGACGGCCUACUUGGAAGUGCACCAGCAGGAGCAAGAGAAGCUCCAGGGGCAGAUAAAGGAAUCCAAGAGGAAUUCCCGGCUGGGUUUCUUGUAUGACUUGGACAAGCAAGUCAAGUCCAUUGAACGCUUCCUACGAAGACUGGAAUUCCAUGCCAGCAAGAUCGAUGAGCUGUACGAAGCAUACUGUGUCCAGCGGCGACUACGAGAUGGCGCUUACAACAUGGUCCGGGCCUAUAGUACAGGGUCUCAAGGGAGCCGAGAAGCCCGAGACAGCCUGGCUGAGGCCACUCGGAGUCAUCGAGAGUACACAGAGAGCAUGUGUCUGCUGGAGAGCGAGCUGGAGGCACAGCUGGGCGAGUUUCAUGUUCGGAUGAAAGGGCUGGCUGGCUUUGCCAGGCUGUGUGUGGGUGAUCAGUAUGAGAUCUGCAUGAAAUAUGGCCGUCAGCGCUGGAAACUACGGGGCCGCAUUGAGGGUAGUGGGAAGCAGGUGUGGGACAGCGAAGAAACUGUCUUUCUUCCUCUGAUCAUGGAAUUCCUGUCCAUCAAGGUGACAGAACUGAAGGGUCUGGCCAACCAUGUAGUUGUGGGCAGCGUCUCCUGUGAGACCAAGGACUUGUUCACCGCCCUGCCCCAGGUUGUGGCUGUGGAUAUCAAUGACCUUGGCACCAUCAAGCUCAGCCUGGAAGUUACAUGGAGCCCCUUUGACAAGGAUGACCAGCCCUCAGCCACUUCUACUGUCAACAAAGCCUCCACCGUCACUAAACGCUUCUCCACCUACAGCCAGAGCCCACCAGACACACCCUCACUUCGGGAGCAGGCCUUCUAUAACAUGCUAAGACGGCAGGAGGAGCUGGAGAAUGGGACGGCAUGGUCCCUGUCAUCCGAAUCUUCAGAUGAUUCAUCCAGUCCACAGCUCUCAGGGUCUGCCCGACAUUCAUCAACCCCUAAGCCCCUAGUGCAGCAGCCUGAGCCCCUGCCUGUCCAAGUUGCCUUCUGCAGGACUGAGACUCCCAGCUCUGGGCCUUUGGAUGAGCAGGGGACCACAGCCCCAUCCCUGGCCAAUGGCCAUGCUCCCUACAGCCGGACUCUGAGCCACAUCAGUGAGGCUAGUGUGGAUGCCGCCCUGGCUGAGGCUUCAGUGGAGGCUGUGGGCUCAGAAAGCCUAGCCCAGGGUCAUACCCCACCUACACGCCCAGAUCCCACCCACGGGGAGUACGCUAGUCAUGUUCCCCUAGAUGUGGGUUGUUCUGCCACAAGCCCCACCCUCAGUGCAUCCAAUCCUGCCUCAUGUGCACAUCUGGACUCAGUUCAUAAGGCCAUAGAUUCUGGCCCUUCUCAUCUGCCAGGGCCCACCCACACUACCACAAGCUCCACCUGUAGUUCCAUAAGGCCUGUCAACAGUGCUCCAAACCCCACUUCCACUACUACAGGUUCUACCCAUAAGCCCAUGGACUCUACCCUCACCACUACAGGCCCUCUCCCCAUUAGUACAGGCCCAGCCCAGAUUACCACUGUCUCUACCCACACUACUCCAAGCCUCAUUCAUACCACUAUAAGCCCCACCCAUACUACCCCAAGUGCCAACCACACUAUUCCAAGCUCUGCUCACCCUGUCCCAACCCUCACCGACCCUACUACCCCAAGCCCCACCCACACUACUCCAAGCCCUACAAAAAACACAAGUCCCACCCAUACUACUUCAAGCCCCACUCCUGCAACCACAAACCUCACCCACAAAGCCAAGAUAUCAACUCACACCACUACAAGUCCUAUCCGCAAUGCCAUGGGCCCAGUCCAGACCACUACAAAUGUAAGCCUUUUCUCUCCUCAAGACCUUCCUAUACACCCUAGUCCCUCUGCAGGCCCCAGCCUCCCAGGCACAGACCCCCUACCCUGUAGCCAUGCAGCCUCCCCUCCCUGUUCUCAGGCAAACCCCAUAACCCCCAGCACAUUGUACCCAAGUCCUGUCCCAGAUCCCCUAGAUCCUAUUAUUCAGAACCUAAGCCCUCCUCCCUCACCCUUAGUCCCUGAACCCGAGCAUUCAGAACCUAGCCCGGCUAUAGCUGCUCAAGUUUCAGUCACAGGGGCAGCUGGAGGGGCUGGGGACAAGAGGCUGGAGGAUGCCCUGGGGGCCUUAAUGGGUGCCCUGGAUGACUACCGGGGCCAGUUCCCUGAGCUGCAAGGCCUGGAGCAGGAGGUGACUCGCCUGGAGAGCCUGCUUAUGCAGAGACAAGGCCUGACUCGAAGCCGGGCCUCCAGUCUCAGCAUCACUGUGGAGCAUGCCCUGGAGAGCUUCAGCUUCCUCAAUGAAGAUGAAGAUGAAGACCAUGAUGGUCCUGGGGACAGGCCCCCAAGCAGCUUGGAGGGUGGGGCUGAGGAGAGCAUAGACUCACUCACUGCCCACCCCCUCAGCACGGGGUGUCCAGCUCUGGAUGCUGCCUUGGUCCAGCACCUGUACCACUGCAGUCGUCUCCUGCUGAAACUGGGUACAUUUGGGCCCUUGCGCUGUCAGGAGGCACGGGCCCUGGAGCAGCUACUUCGGGAAGCCCGAGUGUUUGAGGCAGUGUGUGAGCUCAGCAGGGUAUGGGAGAUCCCUGCCACUUCUGCCCAGGAAGUGGUGCAGUUCUCAGCCUGUAAGCCUGGGUUCCUGAUCUUCUGGGACAAGUGCACAGAGGGACUCAGCCCCUUCAUCUGUCCUGUGGAGCAGGUGCUCCUUACCUUCUGCACCCAGUAUGGUGCCCGUCUCUCCAUGCGCCAGCCAGGCUUAGCUGAGGCUGUUUGUGUGAAAUUCGUGGAGGAUGCCCUAGGGCAGAAGCUGCCCAGGAGGCCCCAGCCAGGUCCUGGGGAGCAGCUCACCGUCUUUCAGUUUUGGAGUUACGUGGAAGCCUUGGACAGCACCUCCAUGGAGGCCUAUGUGACUGAGACCGCUGAGGAGGUGUUACUGGUACGGAAUUUGAACUCUGAUGACCAGGCUAUUGUGCUGAAGGCCCUGAGGUUGGCACCUGAAGGACGGCUUCGAAGGGAUGGGCUUCGGGCCCUGAGCUCCCUGCUUGUCCAUGGCAACAACAAGGUUAUGGCUGCUGUCAGCACCCAGCUCCGGAGCCUGUCGCUGGGCCCUACCUUCCGGGAGAGGGCCCUCCUGUGCUUCCUGGACCAGCUCGAGGAUGAGGAUGUACAUAAUCGAGUGGCUGGCUGCCUGGCCCUGGGCUGCAUCAAGGCUCCUGAAGGCAUUGAGCCCCUGGUGUAUCUGUGCCAAACAGACACAGAGGCUGUGAGGGAAGCUGCCCGGCAGAGCCUGCAGCAGUGUGGAGAAGAAGGACAGUCAGCCCAUCGACGACUGGAGGAGUCACUGGAUGCCCUGCCCCGCAUAUUUGGGCCUGGCAGCAUGGCCAGCACAGCGUUCUAAACUCUCCAUCCGCUGGCUUCUAGGGCCCUUCCCCCACUUUCAGGGCUCACCAGGCACUGGCAGGGAGGGUGAGGGCUGGCUCCAGACACCCCUCCCCACAGAUUCCUAUCAAUGAAAAUCUAAUAUAUUCUGUUGCCCCUGGGGUUGGUAGAGUCAGUGCCUGCAGUCAAGUGCCUCCUAGGCUCAGCUCAGCACAUCCCUUGCCACAAACAGUGUCUGGGGCCUGGCCACCUUGCCUCUGCCUCACCACAUCCCUGGUUUUGUAUUUUAUUUACAGAGUUUUACAGAAAAUAAAACAAAAUGCCUUUCGUAUAUGGCCUGCUGCA